ACAUAACACACAGUCACACACUUUUCGUUCCCAAUUUUGCACUGUUAUUUUAGUUACCAAUAUUGUUUAGAUCUUAGUUCCCAAGAGAUUACUCGACUAGAGUGGUGAAAUUCUGAAAUACCUUAGCAUAACAAUCGCAAAAUGAACGAAAAAGUAAACUUUCUCUUUGACAUAGUCAUCACCCAUGUAGAUGUUUUCGGCGUGGAGUUGGCGCAGCCCGAGAAUCUCGUGGUGAAUGCAAAGUUUGUUGGACUGACAAAGAAAAUAACCGCAAGUCGGAUCAAUGUCAGCCAGUUCGCGGCCAAUAGGGAGUUGGAGUUCGAGGAGGACCCGCUAACGGUGCGUCGGAAUCUGGAGGAGAAGGGAAUGUCAUUGGCGGUCACGUAUCAGGGUUCAACCCUGGGCACCGGAUACUUAAACUUUUCCUUGGAGUUUCUCGACAAGAUCAGUCCCACCAUGAACGACCUGCUGCAUGGAGAAACGAUUGAUCUGGUGCGCCGAGCUGACGUCGUGGGCAACGUGUCCUUUAUUCUGCGGCUGACACUGAAGUGCGAUGAUAAUCCGAUGCCUCAGCCGCUAAAAGAAAGCGUUUCCCGUACCAGUAAAUUGUCCGUAGUAAUUCCAAGGCAGGAUAAGAGCAGCCGCGUCACUUGUGCCAGCCAGGGACCCACCAUCAAUCCCCAGGAUGUGAUGUUUCUCUUUGGCGAUCCUGAUCCUUUGCUGCAGAUUCCCUCGGAACCUUGUUCUGAACUUCGCCCGGAGGAGGGCGACGAACGAUUGGACUUGGACUUGCAGCGCUAUAAGAGCCUAAAGAAUCGAAGGGUGAGCUUCCCGGAUGACGAUCCCUGCCCCAAGGAAAAGCCCUCCUUCAGUCAUCUAAAGAAACUCACCCAGGAGUACUCGAAAAUCAUUGACUCGGUGGCCGAGAAGGUUAAGCAAAUGGAUUUGCCCACGAGUUCGGUGGUUCCCACAGAGCCACCUACCGACGCCAGUAUCCCGACCCCAAGGACUCCAGCCCCUGUUCCCAUGGAACGCAGUAUCCCAGUCCCUGUUAGAUUCAACGAAGUUCAUGGCGUUAAACCUAUACGCUUUUGUCCUGUUUGCUUGUACUCGAUGUCCUGGCUGCCGAAAUAUUCAACCUGCCCUCAAUGCAACACGAAAGCAGUGCCUUUCCUGCAAGGACAUCCCCAUAAAAUCAUUACGGCGGAUGACAUUAUGGCCGAGCAGCUGGUAAAACCCGUAGCACCGCCAGGUGUCGAGGACUUUUGUGAGCAGCCGUGCGAAAGGAUUCGCAGGAAGAGCAACGAGUGCCCACCGUGCCGAUGCACCUGCAAACCGGACAAGAUGUGCGCCCACUGUCGAAUCCGCAAGUUGUGCGAGGACAUUUAUAAGAACGAUAAUCCACCGGAACCAGUUCGCCAGAUACCAGAGCCCCGUUCGAGUGAGGACUUCUGCUUGAUUGUGGAUCCCGAGGAGGACGAUCUUCCUUACCUGUCGAAGGUCUUCUCCGAGAUGAAGGAUCUCUACCAGCUGCACGAUUCCAAGAAGCUGUCGGCCAUCAAGGAGCGCUGCGAGGCCAAGUCACUGUUCACUCUGCGUAGCAGGCGGUCCAUCAAGGAGCUGACCGACUCCCUGUACCAGCCAGAGAAGGUCCUUGGCGGGGUGAGCCACCAGCCGAAAGCUGGCCACAAGAGCUGUCUGCCUGCCACGAGUAUUGUGUCCCGCCGGCACGGUUGGAACUGGACAACGAGUUGCGAAGCGCGGAAGAAUGGCUGGCGGCCAGGAGCCAUCCUGCGAGCAGCCAGUCAGGUGAUGCGCUUCUUCCUGAUGCCCAAGGAGGACCGAAAGUUGUGUCAAAAGAUCUCCGCCGACCAUGAGGAGCAGGUGCGAAGCGGUCUGCCAGUACUGAAUAUUUGCAAGAAGGAUGGCGUCAUAUUCGUCACCCUCCGACCACUGGCCACCUUGGGCAUGCAACAGAAGCCCAUCACUUUUCGGAUCGUGAAGAGCGAGUUGGCGAUGGCAUUGCCUCAGAUCAAGCGCGCUCUGAAGGAUCAGGGCUUCGAGAAGUGCACCUGCCACAAGUCCCUGAUGCUGUGCACCUGUCGCGAUGCCUUGGAUAAGUUUCUCUUGAAUAAAGCUCUUAAAAAGGAGUGCCAGCGACGUCUCAUGGAACCCUGUCCGGAGCACUUGGUGCUCACCGAUACGAGUGUGAGCGACAUGGAGUUCGAUCUGGAAGUGACUCCGCCGGCGGGAACUCGGUGGCCGAAGAGGAAUGCCCUCCUAAACUUGGUGAACCAUGCCACGCAGACAGUGAGGAAGGCACCACCGACCAUAGCGCCCAUGUAUCCGGUGGCCAAUAGUCCCUACUGGAGGGCCUACGAUUGUGCCGCCGGAGAUCGCUACAUGGGCACAGGCUUUGGUAGCAAUUUGGAGACCGUUUUCGAGGACGGAAUAUACGGGUACAGGGGCGGAGGUCAGCAUGGGGAAGCCCCUGUGUGGCGAGAUCCGAAGGUGUGGGGCAAGAACGCCGGGGCUCCACUACACAUUGGAACCGCCCCUGCCGCUAUUGAUCCAUAUCGAUUCACAAAAACUGUGUGGAAGGGACUACCGCGGAAGAUAAUACGCAAAAUGAGAGCCACAUCUAAACACUAAUUAUGUUUUUUAUUAAAUGUUAAAAGCUA